AUGAAAACACCAACGAAAGCAACUAUUCUGAGUUCAUUUUUAGCUGCACCAAACAGGAACCGAGUUCGUAUCCUCACCAAAUCAUGCCCAGAAAAUCAGAGCUUCAAAUCCAACGAUUCAGAUUCUUCACCGGAGACCACCAACGAAACCCAGGGGGAUCAGAAAUCGAUGUCACGGAGACAGUGGAUGAUGACGUGUGCGUGCUUAUCUCCAGCUUUAAUUACCAAUGCUUAUACCCUUGUCUCUCUACAAAACGCAGCCGCUUUAGACAAGAAACCAGGUGUUUGCCGUAACUGUCAGGGAUUUGGUGCUGUUCUUUAUUGGAGUGAUUUUACUGGCUGCAACCCUAAUCUUGAGGGUGUCGAGAUGAAUGCUUUCAUUUAA